GCCUGUUUCAGCGAUUGUGACGCCUUCCAGAGGGCAGCAGGAGCCCCAUCAGACAUAAACUGAUGGUUGGAACUCAUCGCUGAGGCCCAUCGCACGGCACCGUGGCGGCUGUCACGGUGAGGCCAGCAGUACGAUAAACGAGCGGCAAUGCCGGAUGACUGAUCAAUCAAGAGGUGUUCUGUGUUCGGUUGGUCUGACUGACAGGUCAGUAGCAUGAAAUGGCCGCAGCGGAGAGGUACGCCCGACUCGCACACAGCAACAGACAACAGAUGCACUUCGAGGUGUGCUGUGCUGUCUGUCAUGUGUUGCAGCCGUGUUGGUGGACGGGAUGGUCAAGAGAGCAGCGUCGAUGGGCUGCCGCGACGCGACCCUCAUGCGGGCGGUGCGGCUGCUGGACGUGUGCCGCGCCGACAAACUCAUCGACACGAACAACGCCACACAGGCAAAGAGAUCUGAAUGACAGACAGUGAGUGAGGACUGAUGGGAUGUGUGUGUCACUUGGCUGGGUGCUGACACACAGGUAGCAGAUGCGUGUGUGGCCGCCUGCGUCGAGCGGCUGGAGCCAUACCUGCUGAUGGACGACAUGCCGGAUGACCCCACACACACUCAGGCACACAGACACAGACACGCACACGACGCACACCUGUGCAGCGCCGACCUGUCUGUCUGGCUGGCUGGCUCCCUGUGUGCAGGUGGUGUGUCGUGCGGCGGCUGAUAGUUCUUUGUGCGGCAUUGGGUGUCUGGAGAAGCUGUUCACUGCGGCCGGCAUGGACACCCACGGACGACUGUUCUCAUUCGCCAAACACCUCAUGGUCAGUCUGUCCGCCAGCCACACACAGACACCUCCAGCUCUCGAAUGGCUUUUCCCUGCCUGCCUGUCUGUCUGUCUGUCUGUCUGUGCAGUUCUUGUCGAUGUGUGACGUCGAGUUGGCCGGGUGCGAUGUCCGCCUGCUGGCCGCCACGGCCGUCUACGUCACACGCAAGACCAACCAGAAGCAGAUAGCGGGCGGCAUAUGGGUGGGCCAAAGCGGCACGUGUGUCCUGGCCUAUCUAUGGCCUGUGUGGCUUUGUGAGUCCGAUUGUCCAUUGUCAGAGUGCGCCCCUUGUGAGUGAGAGUUCGGUUAGCCAGUCGGCAUUGGAGUCGAGCAUGACGACGUUGAGGAUGCAGCGGCUCAUGUGGGGCGAUACACAGACCACCAAAGGGGUGAGCAUGUCAGAAGACCAGUAAAAUCGCCAACACAGCACCGUGUUGAUGUCAUUGUGUGUCGUUUGUGUGGUGUGUGCAGAUACUGACCGAUGCAGUAGACGAGCCGUUCGCCUCGCCCGACCGCCACCGCGUCGCAUCGACCCGCAGCCUCACACAGCAAGAGCAUGGAAGGAUGGAUGGCUGUCGUCGUUUGUCGGUCGGUCUUUUCUGUCACCGCAGCGCAUUCCCUCGUCAGUCAGUCAGUCCACUGCUGCUCUGACCUCGCCGCUCCUCAGGAGUAGCGGGGGAUCGAUGGGCAGCGGUGGACGGGCCGGGCGGGGCAAUGCAAUGCAAUCAAUGCAUUGCAUGUUGUGUUUGUUCGUUUCCUCCCCACACCGCCUCGAAACCAGUCAGCCCAUUACUGCUUUUUCCUUCCUCUGGCCGCGCCCUUGGCGAGCUGAGGAGACGGGCAGGAGUGGACACAAAUCGGUCGGAUGGAGGGAGGGAGGGUUGGGUGCCGUGUGUGUGGUGUCUGCCGUGGGGUUCAUUUUGUCGUCGUCGGUCUAUCGGUUCGUUUCUCCGUCUCAUGUUUUCCAUUGACUGGGGGGGCAGGGGAAGUCAGCGUCGGUGUUUCUUUGACCUUUUGUCGACUGUGUGUAAGUGUGUUGGGGGGGACUCAGGGGAUGGCUGGCGUGUCAGUACUGACCCGUCCUCUUUUUGUGCGUGGGAUGUCAAGGGGAGCAUCACCACGUGGGACAGCCAGCCCAUCGACCACCCAAUUAGGUACUCAGCCUGUCUGUCUGCCUGUCUGUCUUGCUCUCACCUCGCCCCCCACACCCACACAUAGCCAAGCCCUCUGAUUGAUACAGAGCCAGGCCAAGCCAAGUUGAGCUGUUUCCGUGUGCAUGCCGUCUGUGUGUGGGUGUGUGCGCCAAGCACCCACCCUCCCACACUACUCGCUCUCAGACAGACAGAUCAAGGGGGCGGUGUAGUCUCUAUCUACUGCUGCGUCCGCUGUGUGUGUGUGCGUACUGUCUGUCUGUCUGUCUGUCUGUGGCAGAGUGUGUGUGUGCGAGUGACGUGUGCGCGCAAUGAUGGCGGUUUGCGAGAGCGAGGCGGAUGAUAUGCAUACGGGUCUGUCUGAUGGCCGGUGUAGACACCACAGACAUACAAUGAUAUCUUAGAUGGGAUCCCUCACAGCCAUGGGAUGGGCAGGGCUGUGGAUGCGAUGUGUGCGGCUCAGCGUGGUUGAUGGAGUGAACUGGUCAACAUGAAUCGAUGGACAGAUG